AUCGUCUGAUGAAUCGAAGAAAAUAGCAAUGAAAAUGCAAAAAAAAAGCUUAGCCGACAAGAUAAAUGCGCUAAUAACAAGCAAGCCGGUGCAUUUUGACUCGGACGAAGAACCGGAGGAGACAAAGGCAAAAGUAGUAGAAUAUCACGAUGACGACGAUAUUUCGGACAAUGAAUUCCGGCAAUCGAAAAUUCGCAGGCAAAACAUCGACACACUGGAUAAGGUGGACAAGAGGUAUGCUGGUAAAAAGAUCUCCAGAAAAGAUAUGUACAGUGAAGAUGAUGAAGAUGAUGAAGAAGAGGAUGAAGAAGACGAAGAGGAUAUAAGCAAAGACAUGGAAAGUAAAGGUUCUGAAGAAGCCAUGGAGAAAGAGGAGAUGGAUGGUACAUUGGAAGAAAGCAGCGAUGAAUCACAGGACAAAGGAACAGAUUCUCAGGAAGGAUCUGAAGGUGCUGAAAGUGAGGAGUCUGAGGAAGAUUACGAUGUGGAUUUAAACAAUCCUCUUUAUAAAAAGAGAGAUUCUACCAUUAAGACCAUGUCUGAAACAAAUGCCAGGGUAGAGAUGGAGAAGGGAAACUGUGUUAGGAAUCAAUUAAGGCUCUGGGAAAAUUUAUUGGAGGUGCGGAUAAAGUUACAGAAAUGUGUUGUAGUCAGCAAUCAAAUGCCACAGUACGACACGCACAAGGAACUCAGAUCAGACGCGAGCUUUGCGAAAGAGAUCGACGAAACUAAGAACAAAUUGACGUUGCUCUUGGAUAAUAUGUUGCGACUGAAGGAACUUUUGCUGAAGCAAUAUCCUGAAACAAACAAUCUACACACAAAUUCUAAGAAGAGAAAAGCUGGCGAAGAUGAGGACGACAAGGAUGGAAGAGUCGACGACCCAAUGGACGAAGAGAUAUCUUCCGACACUGAGGACGAAGCAGAUAAUGGGGAGGGAUCGUCCGCUAACGAAGAAACAAAACCGGUCGAAGGACCGACGCCUAGGAAACGACUCAAGAAUAAAAAUUACGAGCAUGUCUUGCGCGAAGAUAACAGCUCCUACACGGAGUACAGGGACUCUGUUAUCAAAAAAUGGAACGAGAAGACGCGGAUCACCACGAUGAGUAAGAGUGCGGGUCAGACCACACUGAAGCAAGUGGGAUUCGCUAUGAGCGAUAUAGGUAAAUUGCGGAGUAGAACUCGGUUAAAACGUUCCGAAUACGGCAUCGUCGGGAAAUCGUUGCCGCUCGAUGACAACGACGGUAGGAGGAGGACUCAAGAAUACGAUCCGGAGAUUUACGACGACGACGAUUUCUACCAUCAACUGCUGCGGGAUCUGAUCGCGUACAAAUCGGCGGAUGUGACGGAUCCGAUACAGCUCAGCAAACAGUGGAUCCAGUUGCAAAACAUGCGCAACAAGAUGAAGAGGAGGAUCGACACUCACGCGACGAAGGGUCGAAGGGUGCGAUACAACGUUCACGAUAAGCUGGUGAAUUUCAUGACGCCCAUUGCAGUGUACGACACGUGGACGGAUUCUGCGAAAAACGAGCUGUACAAUUCGUUGUUCGGUAAAAUAAAGUCCUCGGCGGAGGAGCAGGCAAAUGAAUAAUUAUCAGCGUAUCCGUGAUCUAUGUAUAGUUUCCUUUUGUACAGUAUAAAACAUGAUGUUGUGCGUCUGAUAAAUUUUAGAAAGCAUACGAAACUCAAUGAGCUCUAAAUUCGAUAGAAAUAAUGAUAACAGAGUCAAGAAUUAUUUGACAGCGCGAAGUUUUUAAUUUUCAAAUGUAUUUAUAUAUAUAAAGUAAAAUUAAUUUUUAGUGUUAUGUGUGUAUACAGGGUGUUCGAUAAUUUUUUUAUUUAAACAUCCUGUAUUGUAUUAUAGUGCAAUUUAUAGUCGGUUGUAAUAGAAAUAAGGGAAAAAUUAAUUCAUUAUUUUCCCGCAAGCGUAGCGGGUCAUGCGUACUUUUGAUUCAGAUCCGUUAUUUGCAAGGUCAAAUUAGGGGUCUACGUAAUUAUUAGACAUGUUAUUUCUGCCUCAAUCAAUUUUCAGUUCCAAAGUUUCUGCUAUGAGCUGCCACUAGCUGCAUUCGGUUUUGCAAAUCGGAGACAUCAGUAUUGCUCCAAGAAAGUCAUUUCAUUAGCUAGAUAUCGUAAGAUAAUCUUACGAACAAUUCUUCAUUUCUCCGAUUUGAAAAACCGAAUACAGCUAUUGAAGUCAUAGUGCAAAAAUUGAAGUCAUAGUGCAAUUUAACAGGAUUCGCUGCUUCAAGAGGAAUUGAAGUAUUUCUCAAGUAGCAUGACUCAAUGGAUGAUCAACCGCACUUUUUUCAUAUAAUGAAACAGGCGAAAUUCCACAGAUUGUAACUUGGGCAAAAAUUAUGACAGCAAAAUGGCUCCGAAAGUAUUCUAAAGCUUGAAAUCUUUGCUUCUAAAGCAUAUUUAAUUCAUAAGAUUACUAUUGUUUAUUGUUAAGAUAUAUUGAGUUAAGUAGGAAAUGGCGAUUCUUCAAUUUUCAUCUUCAUCUUUCAAUUUUUUUCUUCACAAAGAUUUAUAUUUUACAAAAAUUUGACUAACACAUUUUAAGGAGGGGACUUGAACCUUUUUAUUCACUGUUCAGUGAAUGUCGUACACCGAUUUGUUCGCCUAUUUUGAACGAUUAAAGUCGAACUGUCAGUUUUGCUUCAACACUGAAUAACUCGGUGGAAAAAGAUCGGGCCGUAAUCAGCUGGUUAUUUACGCAAAUUAAAGGGGAAGGUACAUGUUUUCAAGUGGUGUCAAUACUAUUUCUUUUCAAGACUUUUCAAUUUAUAUUCAUGUAACACUGUAAAAAUUAAUUAAACUCUAUAUUUGUAAAUAUAUUUUAAAACUAAGAAUUUGGUAAAAUGCUUUUCGAUCUACCUCGUUAUCAUUAUUUUUUUUUCAAAGUUACGGUCCACUGCAUUUUUCGCGUAUUUUUCAUAACCGAGAAAAGUGAGAAGUUUGAAAACUAAUCAAUGCUCAUAGGAUGAGCUUAAUACAUAAGAUUACGUUGAAGCUCAAAUAGGAAAACUCAAAUAAGCAUUUCUUAUCGCACUUCCCAGCGAUAUAAUUAAUUACGCGAAUUCUGGACUUUACAUUGCGAUUUUCCAUCUCUAUAAAAAAAGACCGAAUUGUGCGAUAACGUGUAAAACUUUUAACCGCUGUCGAGAAAAAUCCAGAGUCGACGAUGCGCGCAAAAUCAUUAGUAAUGCUGAUCACGGCGUUUAUACGCACGCAACUACAAGUGGACCGUGAGGUCAUAAAUUGGUCGCGAUAAUGUGCACUCACAACGCUCGCUUCGUGCUAAUACUUGAUAAGUGUCGAGUGUUUGCAUUCACGAUCACGUGUCGCACUAUUGAGAUUUGGCAGAUGAAAACAAUGACAGUUUAUUAUUAUCGACAAAACGAACAUGUUUGAAACGCAAAAAAAUAUGACUAGUGCGAUAUGAAAUGCAAGCCAGAAAACCGAUUAGAGCCAAGCAAGCGAAGUGCGUACACACGAGGAGGCUCGAGAUAAUAAUAAUCUCAGGGUGGAGAUUUAUAGGGUGUAACGUGAAAAACAGGAUUUUUACAAAUUUGCAAUGUCUCGGGAUAAUAUUGUCGUCAAUCAUGAUAUAUUAUUUUGUUUAUUUUCGCGGGAAAACACGGUCCUCGCGUGUUAUUGCAAACUUGUAACAACAUCCGCGUGCCGUAUCUCGCCGAAGAUUACGAUUAACUGUGCCUUGUCGCUCGCGACUGUCACUCACCCCGUUUAAUUCCGCCACUUGAGCCUGUGACUCCGUUUCACGUUAUGUGGCAUGUAAACAUGGGCUUAUUAUGUGGUAACGCGAUGACGAAUUAAUUUCAGAUCAAGAUUGCUCCGAGAAAAGUGAAUCUUCAAUAAAUGCAUGUCUCACAAGACGUGACGUUCUCCCUUCAGAUUCGAUUAUAUCCCGACAAGGCAUCUCGUAAAUACACAGUACAGCUGUAUGCGUGAGUGAAUUCGAGUCACUAUUAUUUUAUGAAGUAUUUUUAUUUUAUAAACUAUUUCUUGUAAAUAUAUUAUACUAAGAGAGACUCUAUAAAAUAA